ACCAGGGGUGUGGGUUCUCAGCUCGAGAUUACGGAGAACAGACAGCUCAGUCGGCAAAGAUCCAAUAUAAAUACAGAACUAAGUCUCCCUCUUCUCUCCUCCAAUUCCCUUCCCUCGUUCAUCUCCUGAAGCACAUUAUUCCAUAACCACAUCUAUCAACGCUCAGGUUACAGACAAAAUGAAGCUCAGCACCGUCUCCCUUUCACUUUUCCUUGCGGCUGUCUCCAUUGCCGCCCCAGUCAAUGCUGAUGCCAGCGGCGUUUCCCUCAGCCGUGAGGGAUCAACUGGCCCAGAUCUCAGCAAUUCUGUGAAUGUUGAAAAGAAAUCAGUCCUUGAUGAUCUUUCUGACCCAAUCGAAAACAAUGUCCUUGGUGUUGCCAAGAGACAAAUCGAAGGCGAAGGAGAGGCGGAAGGACAAGGAGAAGCAGAAGGAGAAGGCCAACUAGGAAGAGGAGGGGAUGGAGAAGGAGAAGGAAAAAUAGGAGGAAAAAUAGGAGGAGGAGGAAAGGUAGGAGGAGCAGGGAAAAUAGGAGGAGAAGGAGAGGCCUUUUGAGGUUUGAUGUACAAAUGGAGAUGGGCCUGAAGUGGAUUUUUCCUGUGGAAAUGCUUAACCCAUGUUGUGCUGUAUACCAAUCUGUUUCGUCUUCACGCUAUGAUAUAAUAACUAUUAGUGGUACUGUUGUGUCUCGUUUUACAAUAUGUAUGUGUUAUCUGCAGGACUAUGUCCAUUGGGCUUUGCGACACAACCUACUGGAGAUAACUCCCGUUCAAUAUGUGUCACUUUCUCAUAAUUCCCAAUUUAUUGACCACUACUCAUCUGAUUCCGUG